GCCUCCAAACUAAAUAUAACUUCGAGCUUUUAUUAUUGUACGGCUGUGUGUUCGUGUUCGAUGAAAACGAUUUAGAUACUUACUAGAUUGUCAUUUGAGUUUUGAUAAACUUAAUUUGUCAUUCAACGUCAUCUGUCGCAAGAUGCUUUUAACCAAACAGAUUUUACAAAAUGCCUUGAAUAAACAAGCGCCUAAAGUUCUGCUGAGAAAGUUUUCUGAUAGUACCUCGUCGGGUGUAUGUUUCACAUUAUCAGACACUUCUCGAGAGUUACAAGAGCUUGCUAGAAAAUUUACUAGAGAAGAAAUUAUCCCUAAAGCUGCCGAAUAUGACAGGACAGGCGAAUAUCCUUGGGAUAUCAUCAAGAAAGCUCAUGAAAUCGGUAUCCUCAACAGUCAUAUACCAGCUGAUAUUGGUGGUAUGGACUUGAGUACAUUCGAUGGCUGCUUAAUUGCUGAAGAAUUAGCCUACGGGUGUUCUGGUAUUAAAACUGCAAUUGAAGCUAGCACAUUAGGGCAAACUCCGGUGAUAAUCGCGGGCAAUGAUGAACAAAAGAAGAAAUACUUGGGAAGAUGUGUCGCUGAACCUAUUGUAGCAGCCUACUGUGUCACCGAACCAGGCGCAGGUUCAGAUGUAAGUGGAAUAAAAACUAAAGCUGUGAAAAAAGGCGACGAAUACAUAAUCAAUGGACAAAAAAUGUGGAUAACAAAUGGAGGAGUAGCUAGUUGGUACUUCGUUCUUGCUAGGACAGACCCUGAUCCAAAAUGCCCUCCCGGUAAAGCAUUUACUGGAUUUAUCGUUGAUAGAGAUACUCCCGGCGUGACUCCAGGAAGAAAAGAAAUCAAUAUGGGUCAACGUGCUUCUGAUACUCGAGGUAUUACUUUUGAAGAUGUUAGAGUUCCUAAAGAAAACGUAUUGGCAGGAGAAGGAUUAGGAUUUAAAGUUGCAAUGGGAACAUUUGAUAAGACUAGAACACCGGUGGCAGCGGGCGCAGUUGGUGUGGCUCAACGAUGUUUAGAUGAAGCGACCAAAUAUUCUCUUGAAAGAAAAGCUUUCGGUGUCCCUAUCGCACACCACCAGGCUGUAGCAUUCAUUUUAGCAGACAUGGCCAUUGGCAUUGAAAGUGCUCGUUUAGCAUAUUACAAAGCUGCUUUUGAAGUUGACAAAGGUGGUCGCAACUCGUAUUACGCUUCUAUUGCUAAAGCUCUUGCGUCUGAUGUUGCCAAUAAAUGUGCUACCGAUGCUGUUCAAGUAUUUGGAGGUAAUGGUUUUAAUACGGAAUAUCCCGUAGAGAAGCUGAUGCGUGAUGCUAAAAUAUAUCAAAUUUACGAAGGAACCUCUCAAAUUCAACGAUUAAUUAUUUCUAGAGCUAUUUUAGAUAAGGCAAAGAAUAGUUAAAAUUUUAAAUAAUUCUCAAUCAAAAAUAUUAUUUUCUCUAGUUGUGUGAACUUCUUAUAUUUAGCUGAUGAAUAUUCAUUAAUUUUUCUGUCAUAUAAAUUUACAAAAUCCAGUGAUAUGUUGUGUACUCGAAAGAUAUGGUUUGUUGUAAUUAUUUACGGUUAGGUACCUAUAAAUUUUGAUUGUUAUUGUUUAAAAAUCAUUUUCUAUUUAUGUGAAACUGUGCCAAUUUAAUACAGAAUUUUUAUUUCCCGUU